AUGUCAGCUUCAGAAGAUGUUAUUCGUAUCCAUACAUCAAUAAAUGGUAACAAUUUAAUUGUCGUAACUCAUCCCAAAGCUUAUUUACGUUUACCAUUAAUUAAACAUGAACUAAAACAGUGCAGCUUACCAUAUAAGACUUAUUCAAAUCCGAACCGCGCUGUAAAGAAAGUGAAACAACUAAUUUUUGAAAAAUUGUUUCUAAUUAGAUGCCGAUCUAUUGAUUAUAAAACUGUCUCUCACUAUUUGAGUUAUGAAUUGCCAAAAGUUGAUGCUGCUUACACAAUCGACGAGGAAACUGAUAAUGAUGAUGAUAUCACUGCCGUGUUUGGUGAUUUAAAAGAGAAUCUAUUAGCAACUGGAUGCUGCAAUUCUGUGUCAUCAUCAACUGAAUCUUUACGAUCGGAAAUAAAUGCUAUCACAAUUAACACGUAUCAUCCAGACUCCGUUAGUAAAGGAAAAAUGUUCUUUCUUUGGAAUCAACUCAUGGCCAGUGCGAUUCUGAAUUUGGCUUAUCCAUCUAAACGGGAAAUUGAUGAAACGAUGUCCAAAUUUAUAAAAUUACACUCCAACAAUGUAACAGCAAAACGAGAACUUAUUAGUUUUCAACAACCCUAUAAUCCAACUGAUGCUAUCAGAAAUGUUGACGCCAUAUUCGAUUUACGUUUUAAUAUUACUGAUCUUCACCGUCACUUGGCAGUGUUAUACCGCGGCCAAAGUCAAGCUAGACGUAGCAAUAAAGAAAAAUGUUGUCGUUACUUUAACACGCCAUUGCAUUGUGGCUUUGACGAUUUCAGCAGAAAUGUUGGUGGUCUCAUUUCAUUCAAUUCAUUUCUUUCCGUAUCGGCUGUAGAAUGUGCUGCAGAAUUUCCUCAUGAUACAGACACUAAAAACGAUAUAUUGGUUGAAAUUGUGAAUGUGGAUUCUAACAGAGACACUGCCAUGCCGUUUGCUAACAUAUCAGAGUCUUCUGCUACAGGAGACAUCCGGGAAACAUUAUUCUCUUGGCAUAGUCCCUUUCUUGUUCAGUCUGUUGAAAAAUCGGAAUCCAGUUUUUCUUCUGUUAAACUUCACUUAAUUACAAAAGAAAAAUUAAGGGAAACUCUAACCGAACUUUCUCAACCGUUUGCUGGUACACUCUGCGAUCCAGAGAGAUUGUUAGCCCAUGGACGAAAGUUUGAAGAAAAAAAUGAGAACCAAAAGGCAGUAGCGUACUACAAAAAAUUAUUCAAAAUUCUUUUAUCGAAUAAUUCAAAUGGUAUUAUUGAUAUGUAUGAACAAUUGGACCGAUUGUACAAGGAAUUUGAUCCGGAAAGUAAAUUUCAACUACAAUUUGGUGGCUUUAUUAAAGCAGUGAACACAAUCGAUUAUAAUCAACAGGAAAUCAAUGAUCUAAUUGACGCUUGA